AUGUUGCGAGAAGCCUUCUACUACCUCCUCGGAGGAGUGACGUUCCUGCCCCUCUGCGUCAUCGGCAUCUUCCUGCACUUCUACUUCAACGUGCCCAUCGAACACCAGUCAGCUUCACCCACGAUAGAUGCCGACGUCGAGCUCACCCACGAAAAGAAGCUCGCUGCUCUCGACCUAGCUGCGCGCAACGCUGCCAUCCAUGACGAGAUCGAGAAAGCCAAAGGCAAGGACCAUCCUCAAGGCGAUGCCACCGCUCCACCAGCCGCAAAACGCCUCGGAGCGGGACCGGCCGCCUCCUCUGCUCCCAAACCGUUCUCUUCCGGCUGGCUCACUGUGCGUCCGACGUUCGAGGCCGACAAGGACGCAGCGACGGCGACUGGAGCUGCCAGCAGUCCAGCCGUACUACCCGCUUCGCUCGUCGAGGGCGAGUCGGAUGCAAGCCAGGCUCACUCGGAAGACGAGAGCACAGCCGCCGAAUCUGUCGACGCGGACAAGGCAUCUUCGGUCGCGGUGACCAAGCCCAACGGUCCUAACGCUGGCACGGGAUACAUGUCACAGAUGUAUAGAGGCAUCCUCGACUACCGCAACAACAGAGCAGCAUCCAAGAAGCCGUCCAACGAUGCUCAUGCCCGCUCCAAGGAGUCUGCUUCAGCAUCAGGCGCAACACCGACGGGGACCGCUGGUAAGGAGAGCUUCUACUGCAUCCUCAAGUCGCCUAUCCUCUACCUCUACUCUUCCGACGACACUGCCAAUCCCAACACCGAAUGCCAUGCUGCCAUCGACCUUCGCGGCAAGCGUGUCAGCAUCUUUGUCGCCGGUCUCGGCGAUACGCUGGGCGAUCUCGACCCACAACAGCCUGCAACCACUCAGGCCACUAGUGCCGACGCCGAGCAGUCCGGAAAUGCGCCAGCCGAUCCAGAGGCCUUCGAUCCGUCUCAGGCCUGGAAGACAGCCAAGCGUGCAGCGAUUCGCGAUGGCGAGCUCUUCAUGAAAAGGAACGCCAUUCGCAUCGUUGGAUCCGCUCUCGGUCGCAACUCUUCGUCCAAACGUGCUUCCAAGCUGAGCCAAAAGAGGCCGCAAUGGUUCAUCUUCUGCAAGAACAACUACGUCAUGGAGGAUUGGUAUCAUGCGCUGCUGCAGGCUUCUCUCACGCCGGAUCCUAGCCUAUCGACCAGUCUGUCGGAAAACAGUUCCGCCGACCCGCUCUCCCAGAUCUUUGCCAAACUCGACGAUCCAAUAGGUCCCACUUUCUCUCAGGAAGACAUGGCAUCCCUACUCGUCUCCCUCGACAGCUUCCCAGAUCCUCUUCCGCUACGAUGGCUCAACGCCCUAGUAGGACGUAUCUUCUUCUCGGUCUAUCGCACAGCGUGGCUCGAAGACUAUAUUGUGUCCAAGAUGAUGAAGAAGAUCAACCGCGUCAAGACGCCAGGUUUUCUCAACGAUAUCAAGGUCGUCGAAGUCGAUGUCGGCCGACGCGCUCCAGGCUUCAGCCGUCCCAUGCUCAAAGCCCUCACCAGCGAAGGAGAAGCCAGCAUGGAGGUCGCUGUCCACUACGUCGGCGAGGUGCGAAUCACCAUCUCCUGCACUCUCACGUUGUCGCUUGGCUCGCGCUUCAAGCCGUACACCAUUCCCAUUGUGUUGGCCGUCGUGCUCCGGUCCCUAGAGGGCAAUCUGCUACUUCACGUCAAACGCCCACCCAGCAACCGUCUCUGGUUCGGCUUCACUACCCUGCCCAAGAUGGACAUCGACGUCGAGCCCGUGGUCAGCGAGAGGAAGGUGCAAUGGGGCAUGGUCACGCGCCUCAUCGAGAGCAGGAUAAGGGAGCUCCUGACCGAAUCCAUUGUCGUUCCCAACAUGGACGACAUCUCCUUCUUUAACACGCGCUCGCUGCCUCUGCGUGGAGGCAUCUUCGCCGAUGCUGCCAAGAAGACUGAUCUGCACCGUGCCGAAAGCAACGGGACCUCAUCCACUGCAGCGACCGCCGCGCCUUCUGCUACCGUCACGCCGCAAAGUAAGGACGGCAAGACCAGUGCGCUGUCGAUCAAGACGUCAGAGCUGCUCACAGCCGACAGAGUUGGUACCGCUAGCGCGCCCGUCUCUGGUGCGUCGACACCGUCGACUGCUGAUCGAGCCGGAGCAUCGGCUACUGGCGGUACCGUCAUCGGCGGCACUGGCGAAGCGAGCUCGAUCAGCACUGACGCUGCGUCCGAGAAUGCCUUGCGAAACCGCAAAGGCGGCCCAGAGGCUUCGAGCAUGUUGAAGGACCCGUCGCUACAAUCCGGUCGAACUUCGUCUCCUGCCGCCGCAGGUCUCAGCGAUCUCUUGAGUCGAGAUCUGGCAGCAAGCGCUGGCAGCUCGGGCACCUCACCUCCUCGCCAAGACUCGCAGAGCAGCAAACGAAGGACGUGGUUCGGAGGCGGACCCAAAUCUUCCGUCUCCAGCAUCAGCUCUUCGUCCGGCCUUUCUUCGCUCGGCUUGUCAUCAGCAUCGCUUGGGGUCAGGUCGAAUCGAGAGCACAGUAGCUUGGCGCUCGGCAACGCCAGCAUUGAACGCCCUUCGCAACGGUCCCAUUCGACUAGCAUCUCCGGGAAAACCGACUCGAAUCUGUCAGUGCCUACAGAUAUUCCUUCCCGCCCUGCAUCCGAAUCUGCGACCCGCCCCGCAUCCUCGUCCACGUUCGCAGCUUCUUCGAAUGACGUGGGCGGCGAAUCGCGUAGCGCAAAAGACGUUCCGCUUCUGUUGUCUCCUGCUGCUGCCAGUCUGCAGGCAGAUAAGACCCGCGAUGCAAAGGAAGGAGACGUAGCUGUGCAUUCGGAACCUGCAUCGAAGACCCCAUCCCUGAUCGUGUCGAGCGCCUCUGAGGCCGCGCUCGACCUUGAAGGGGCUGGGAAGCCUGUCAAGUCGAAUCUCGACACGAUAGCUGGCCUGGACGCGCCUUCACAGCACGACGAUGAGCACGAUUUCGUCGACAGUCCUGCCAGCCUCACCCACAGUGCCAGGUCGUCUAUUCGCAGCUUGAAGUCGGAUGCCAUCCAUGCAGACCUCACGGCCGAACCUGCGCCAGCAAGUUCGGCGGCGUCGUUGAAAGAACCCCUUUCCGUCACCUCCUCACGACAGACCUCUAAUGACUUCGAUGUGCAGCACCAUGGAUUCGGCACCUCGCUCGCUUCUGCGCAGAAAGGCAUGCCGCCUCCGCCUCCACCGCGCAAGCCAGUCAGCUCUGCCAGGGACGAUCGUAUCAGUUCGAGACAGGACGCUGCUUCAGCGCUUUCGAGCGUCCAUCGCAAUCGAUACGGCCUCAACGAUAGCGAGACGAGCCUGAACGACGGUUCAGAUGGCCCUCCAGGGUCGACUUCGGCAACGCUCCUGACUUCGUGGAAUAAGGCGAAAGCUAGCAUGGCGGACAAGGAAUCGAGACAGGCAGCUGCGCGUGAUGCGAAAGAUGCCAUCAAGCGAGGCUGGGCCAACUGGAACACCAAGCGCACCGAACCCAAGCGUGGACCGCACGGAGACGACGACGCCGAUGCAGCGUCGUACCAAUCCGGCAUGAACCGGUCGCAGUCCAGCCGAAUGUCGUUUGUGCCUGGCCAGUCGGCAUGGAUGGCCAGCAGCCCGCCCGACCCGACCAGCUUCGGUCUCGGAUUCGACAAGUCGAGCCCUGAGAACAAGCGCAGCACGCUGCGUGACAGGCUCAACUCGGCGACUCAACAAGGUGGCGCGCGACCGAAUCUGACGGACACCGACGAUGACAAUGUUAGCGUCCACUCCAACUCGAGCAACAGGCAGGCCUAUCGCGAUCUCAGAGCUUCGAAGAAAGUGCACGGCUUUGACAGCAAUGCGGCUGAUCGAGCCUCUUCGGUCACCUCGUCCAGACUUGCUUCGACGAGCUCGGUGUCGUCUGGCACCUCUGCGACAUCUGCUGGGGGCGCCACUAGUCCGUCCGGGCUGUGGGACGCGGAGGUGCCUUCGCUGACGCCUCCCAAGCUCGCCUUGCGGAAUGAUCGCGACGAUGACAAGAGCGCCGAGUCCAAGCGCAGCAAGACUUUGGAAAGGACUGUGAGCAAGGACCGGCCGGUUCCUGUCCCUCCUGGCUUGCCACAGCGCAAGCCGGGCAGCAGCAUCUUGCCGACAGCCCAAAGCGGUGGCGGUGUGUCCUUCAUCCCAUCAGCGGCAUCUGUCACGACUGGUCUGGCAUCCGCAUCUGGUCUGCCGCAUCUGGACAAUGCGACGCAAGAGCCUGAGUCUGCUUUCAAGGGUCAAGACUCCGGUCUGCGCAGGGGCUCUGCGUCUCAGGCGAGCAUCACGUCUCUCAAGUCUGACGAUGCCGAGCCGUCUCUACCUAAUGAGACGGAAAAGACGACGCCGGAUACCAAGCCUGACGCAUCACGUCCAGGCACCCAGCAGCGUCCGGACGAAGCAGCUGACGGCAGCACGAACAUGGCGCUGAGCCCAGAGCACAAGAGCCAGGAGGCAGUCAAGGACACAGCCGAUACCACUCCGGCACACGACGAGUCGACCUCUGCCAUUGAGCAGCCCGAUACCGCUGAGCCGUCCGAAAUAUCGUCGCCAACUCCCGAUGCAGGAAUCAAGAAGCAACCCGGUCGAGCGACCAUGAUGGCGAUCCCGGGCAUUCCGUCGAUGCAAAAAGCCGGUCCGCAGAGCUUCAGCGCUCCCGUGCCGCCUGAGCCGGUGCUUGCUGCGAAGAGCGAUGCAGAGACGUCACCGAGCGCGUUCAGGGCGAGCUCGCUGUUCAAAAUUCCCUCGUUUGGGAGUCCUGUGAUGACUGGUGGCAGCCCGAGCAAGGCGAUGCCGGGGAUGGGAUCGGACGGAUCCCCAGCGAAGCCGUCGGCUGCAAAGAGUCCGCCACCUGUCCCACUGAGACCGACUUCAGGGGACGAGCCCGAGAAUGUACCUGCCGCAGGGUGCGCGCUCGGACUGAUGCAGGCAGACGACCGCAAGCCGACAACGCAGGACACCGCUCCCCCAGCGAGCAAGAGCGGCGCUUCAGAACAGCCCAGCAAACAUUCUCCAGUCCACACCGGCAAAAGUGACCGCGCAGCAGCCGCCGACGACGACGACACCACUUUCGCAGAGGUGACUAAAGCCGAGGGACCCGCUGCAGAUCCAGGCUUCGAGCAGGCACAGAGCGACACGGGCGACACGGUCAAGGUCGGCACUAAGGAGGUCAAGCUUCCGUCCAAGAGGGAGGACGAGACGGUUGGGACCGAGGACACUGUUUGGCAGCUGCAGCUGUGA